CGUCCGCGCGUUUCCGUUUCCGCCGCCGCCGCUGCUGCCGCCGCCGCCGCCCCAGUCCGGUUGUUCUCGGGAGUCGGCGCGUCGUUGUGCAGCUGUCUGAGCUAUGUCGGGAGGCCUUCUGAAGGCGCUGCGCAGUGACUCCUACGUGGAGCUGAGCCAGUACCGGGACCAGCACUUCCGGGGUGACAAUGAAGAACAAGAAAAAUUACUGAAGAAAAGCUGUACAUUAUAUGUUGGAAAUCUUUCCUUUUACACAACUGAAGAACAAAUUUAUGAACUCUUCAGUAAAAGUGGUGACAUAAAGAAAAUUAUUAUGGGUCUGGAUAAAGUGAAAAAAACAGCAUGUGGAUUUUGUUUUGUGGAAUACUAUUCAAGAGCAGAUGCAGAAAAUGCCAUGCGGUACAUAAAUGGGACUCGUCUGGAUGACCGGAUCAUUCGUACAGACUGGGACGCAGGCUUUAAGGAGGGCAGGCAGUAUGGACGUGGUCGCUCCGGGGGCCAGGUGCGAGAUGAGUAUCGGCAGGACUAUGAUGCUGGGAGAGGAGGAUAUGGCAAACUGGCACAAAACCAGUGAGCAGCGAGAGCCCCAUCAGGAAAACUCUUGCCUGUUCAAGAACAUUACCCAGGGUCUGCAAAUCAGCCUUUUUUACCAAGCUUCGAUCAGUGUCUACAGAGCUUGAAGCCCUUCAGUUCUCCUCUGAAGAUUAUUAAAGGACAGAACCAAAAGAAUGCCUUUAAUUCUAGCCUUGGAAUCUUGGCCACGUGUCAAGGUUACCAGAGUGAUUUUGUUACCAGGUCAAAAAUUGUGUUUCCUGGCAAGAGACUGAAUCUGAAAAGUUGAUUAAUCUGUCCGCCAAAACACACUUAUUUUAGGAAGAUUAGAGAAAUCUAAAAAUUGUUUUACCAUGUUUGAGUCAAAGUAGGUUCAUGAUCCACAUUGGGGCCUGGAAUGAUUGGUUAUUUUUUAUUGUUAAGUCUGCAUGUUUAAUAAAUGGAGUUUUGUAUGUUGCAUAGCUUUGUUCUUAGAAACAGGUGUUUGACAACUGAAUUUGUCUCUGAAGGCAAACUUACAGGUCAACUGAGCAUCCUCAGUAGUUGGUGCAAAAAGUUAGCCUUGGAUAGUUCAAGGAGACACCACUUGUUUCCGUGUAUCAGGAAAUUAGGUACAGAACUCACUGUAUUAUUCAGAAGAUACAACUAAAGGUAAAAAAGGCCAAGGUUUGGGGGGGCAUUGUGCAGCAGGUUAAGCUGCUGCUUGGGAUGCCUGCAUCACAUAUCACAGAGCAUGGAAUGGAGUCCAGCUUCCUGCUAAUGCACCUGGGAGCCUGCAGACAAUGACCCAACUACUGUGGUUUCUGCCACCCACAUAUUCCUGGUUUUAGCCUGGUCCCACCCCUGGCUGUGGGCAUUUGGAGAGUGAACCAGUAGACGGAACACCUCUCUGUCUUUCCCUAUCACUCUGCCUUUCUAAUAAGUCUUUAAAAAGAAACAAUUUUAAAAUGAAACAAAAAUGCAAAAGCAAGAGUUUAUAAUACAGAGAAUCUCAAAUACUCUAUGGGGUGGGAGUGUGGACAGUCUCAGAAGUGGAAGGAAACCUCAAGAGUUGUUUUGGGGCCUGCAUUGUGGAACAGCAGUUAAGCUAUUGUCUAUGACGCCAGCAUCCCAUAUGGGUGUCCGUUUGAGUCCCAGCUGCUCCACUGUCAGCUUCCUGCUAAUGCACCUGGGAAAGCACUCGAAGACGGCUCAAGCUUAAGCCCCUGCUACCCAUGUGGGAAACAACCCAGAUGGAGUUCCAGGCUCCUGGCUUGAGCCCAGCACAGCCUUGUGGCUGCUGAAGCCACUUGGGGAGUGAACCAAAGGAUGGAAGAUGUUUGACUCAACCUUUCAAGAUUUAUGACUGCAAUGGCUGGAGCUGGGCUGUCUGAAACCAGGAGCUUCUUCCGGGUCUCCCAUGCAGAUUCAAGGGCCCAAGGACCUGGGCCAUCUUGUACUGCUUUCCCAGGCCAUAGCAGAGAGCUGGAUUGGAAGUGGAGCGGUCAAGACUCAACCAGCACCCGUAUGGGAUCCAUAAAGCACUGUAGGCAGUGGCUUUACCCGCUACGCCACAGCACUGGCCCCCUCAAAAAUUUUUUAAAGAUACCCUUCCUUACAAAAAAAACAAAGUUAAAACAUUGCCUUGAUAUGAAAGUUGCUGUUAGGGCCAUCAGAUUAUUUUCAUUUUUCAGAGUGAUCUUGGGAAUACAGUGUGUUUUUAAUAAAGUUUGAAGAUUAUGAGGAUACUUAACAAUCACACUUCCUGUAUGAAAUGUCUAUUUCAGCCAAUUCUGAUGCUGCAGUCUACUUUACUUUUUCCCCAGAUUGUGCUUAUUGAGGUUGAAGCCAUAAUAGUGAGCUGAUAAUUUCUGCAAAGGGGAGUCUAGAGAACUUGCAUUUGUUAGGCAAUAGGUCAUUUCUGAUAUUAUGUAAAGUACUACUCACUAAAAACUCCUAGUCUAAGAACUUUUCCUGAUAAAAUGCAUAUUAAAAAAUCUAACAACAGAAUACCUUCUAACUUCAGUAGUUUGUAAAGUUGAAGGUAAAGUAUCUUGGUGUGAAUGUCUUUCAUGUUAUAAUACAUUGAACUUUUAGGUUCUCUGAAGUUCUAAAAGAGCUAUAAUUAGCUUUAAGAAACCAUUCACAGGGGCUGCCACUUGCAGUGCUGGCAUCCCAUAUGGAGGCUGGUUCUAGUCCCGGCUGCUCCACCUCCAAUCCAAACCUCUUUCCUUGGAAAGCAACAGCAGAUAGCCCAAGUCCUUGGGUCCCUGCACCCAUGUGGGAGACCUGGAACAAACCCUGGCUCCUGGCUUCGGAUUAGCACAGCUCCGGCCAUUGCAACCAACUGGGGAACCAGUGGAGGGAAGACUGAUUCCGCCCUCCCUCUCUCCCAUUCCCUCCCUCUUUCUCUCUGCUUCUGCCUCUCAAACUCUGCCUUUCAAAUAAAUAAAUCUUAAAAAAAUUUCACAAUUUAAUGAGGAUACAUUGUUCAUUUUCUUACACUGUAGUUUGAACCAAAUGUUUUAUAUAUUUUUGUAGUAAAACAUAAGUUUGGUUUUUAGGCCUGUAGAAAUCUAAGACAGUGGCUCCUACCUGAAUUGUGUCUUCUGUCACAGAUUUUAAUAAAGUUGGGCCAACUUAC